AAAAUACGAAAGUGAAGGUGUAUAUUUCAGUAUAAAAAACUUAGUAAAGAUCUCAUAUCUAUAAAAAAUAGCACCAUUGUGAUCUUAGAUCCUUUCUGAUCUUUUCCGCUAACGCCACACACCACAUGCUUAACUAUUGUGACUCAUCUAAUCUUUAGCGCUAUCAUCACACACCACAUGCUAAACUACUAUGACUCACACAAAUAUUUUUUCAGGCACCCAAAAAGAGCUACACACACAAGUGACCAGGAUAAUGACCAAAUACAGAUGGUCAACGUCACACUCAUUGUGCCUCUAUAUAAAGAGAUACGUUACAGCACAAUAUUGCAAGCUCACAUCAUUGUGCCAUCUAAAGGUAAGAGCACACAUAAUUUAGGUAAAAUUGUUUAUGAGGACUGAACAAUAGAAUAAGAUGACUUCUCAUUAAUGAAGUUUCUUUUUUUAUUGAAAGGAUUUGGACAUUUUGGGUUUGGAUUUCAUCUGUCUGAUUGAAAGAUGGGGGAUGCUGUGAUGGCAGAGUUCGGGCCAGCUGCCCCGUUCUUACGAAAGUCAGACAAGGAGCGUCUGGAGGCCCAAACUCGCCCCUUCGACAUGAAGAAAGAAUGCUUUGUGCCCGACCCUGCGGUUGAGUACGUCAAAGCCUCUGUCACCAAUAGAGACGGUGACAAAGUCACUGUUGACACUGAAUUCGGGAAGACAGUAACUGUGAAGGAGGCUGAUGUUCACCCCCAGAACCCGCCAAAGUUUGAUAAAAUUGAGGACAUGGCGAUGUUCACCUUCCUGCACGAGCCCGCUGUGCUGUUUAACCUCAAAGAGCGUUACGCAGCCUGGAUGAUCUACACCUACUCUGGGCUCUUCUGUGUCACUGUGAACCCCUACAAGUGGCUGCCAGUGUACAACCAGGAAGUCGUCAAUGCCUAUAGAGGAAAGAAACGAACUGAGGCCCCUCCACACAUCUUCUCCAUCUCAGACAAUGCCUACCAGUACAUGCUGUCAGACAGAGAAAACCAGUCUGUUCUGAUCACUGGAGAAUCCGGUGCUGGAAAGACUGUGAACACUAAAAGAGUGAUCCAGUACUUUGCGAGCAUUGCAGCAGCAACAACCGGCAAGAAGGAUCCAUCAAUGGAGAAAAAGGGUACUCUGGAGGAUCAAAUCAUCCAGUGUAAUCCUGCUCUGGAGGCUUUCGGUAACGCCAAGACCAUCAGAAAUGACAACUCCUCCAGAUUUGGUAAAUUUAUCCGCAUCCACUUUGGCCACAGUGGAAAGUUAUCUUCUGCUGACAUUGAGACUUAUCUGCUGGAGAAGUCUCGUGUCACUUUUCAGCUCAAGGCUGAGAGAGACUACCACAUCUUCUAUCAGAUUCUGUCCCAGAGAAGACCAGAACUGCUGGAGAUGCUGCUUAUCACCAACAACCCCUAUGACUACGCCUUUAUCUCCCAAGGAGAAACACAAGUGGCUUCUAUUAAUGACGGUGACGAGCUGAUGGCCACUGAUGAAGCGUUCGAUGUGUUGGGCUUCACCCAUGAGGAGAAGAACAGCAUCUACAAGCUGACUGGUUCCGUCAUGCACUUUGGCAACAUGAAGUUCAAACAGAAGCAAAGAGAGGAACAGGCCGAAGCUGAUGGGACUGAGGAUGCUGACAAAAUCUCAUAUCUGAUGGGCCUAAAUUCAGCUGACUUGAUCAAGGGUUUGCUCCACCCAAGAGUCAAAGUAGGAAAUGAGUGGGUCACCAAGGGACAGAGUGUCCAGCAGGUGUACUACUCUAUUGGUGCUCUGGGAAAGUCAGUGUACGAGAAGAUGUUUCUUUGGAUGGUUGUGAGAAUCAACCAAUCCCUGGCCACCAAACAGCCUCGCCAGUACUUCAUUGGUGUGCUGGAUAUUGCUGGAUUUGAGAUCUUUGAUUCCAACACCUUUGAGCAGCUGUGCAUCAACUUCACUAAUGAGAAGUUGCAGCAGUUCUUCAACCACCACAUGUUUGUGCUGGAGCAAGAGGAAUACAAGAAGGAGGGCAUUGAGUGGGUUUUUAUUGACUUCGGCAUGGACUUGCAGGCUUGUAUUGAGCUUAUUGAGAAGCCCAUGGGUAUCAUGUCCAUCCUUGAAGAGGAGUGCAUGUUCCCCAAAGCCAGUGAUGCAACAUUUAAAGCUAAGCUUUAUGACAACCAUAUGGGGAAAACUCCAAACUUCCAGAAGCCUAGGAUUGUCAAGGGAAAACCAGAGGCCCAUUUUGCCCUCGUUCACUAUGCUGGUACUGUGGACUACAACAUUUCAAACUGGCUGGUGAAGAACAAAGACCCUCUCAAUGAGACGGUUGUAGGGUUUUUCCAGAAGUCAACUCUUAAGCUGUUGUCCAUUCUGUUUGCUAAUUACGCUACUGAUGACUCAGCUGCGGAUUCUGGAGGAAAAGCUGCCAAAGGUAGCAAAAAGAAGGGUUCUUCCUUCCAGACGGUGUCAGCCCUUCAUAGGGAGAACUUGAACAAGCUGAUGACCAACUUAAGGUCAACUCACCCUCACUUUGUGCGCUGCCUCAUACCCAAUGAGACUAAGACUCCAGGGGCGAUGGAGAAUCCUCUGGUCAUGCACCAGCUGCGCUGUAACGGUGUGCUGGAGGGCAUCAGGAUCUGCAGAAAGGGUUUCCCUAACAGGGUCCUGUAUGGGGAUUUCAAACAACGAUACCGCAUCUUAAAUCCUGCCGCUAUCCCAGAGGGACAGUUCAUAGAUAACAAGAAGGGUUCAGAAAAACUUCUGGGCUCUCUGGACAUCGAUCACAACCAGUACAAGUUAGGACAUACUAAGGUCUUUUUUAAGGCUGGUCUUCUGGGAACUCUUGAAGAGAUGCGAGAUGACCGUCUUGCACUUAUUAUAACUGGAAUUCAGUCCAUGUCUCGUGGUUUUCUAUCAAGAAAUGAGUUCCAGAAAAUUGUGGAAAGAAGAGACUCUUUGUUGGUGAUCCAGUGGAAUGUACGUGCUUUCAUGGGUGUCAAGAAUUGGCCCUGGAUGAAGCUCUACUUUAAGAUCAAGCCUCUGUUGAAAAGUGCAGAGACUGAGAAAGAAAUGGCCAACAUGAAGGAGGAAUUCACCAAGUUGAAGGAGGCUUAUGCCAAAUCUGAAGCCCGCAGAAAGGAGCUUGAGGAAAAGAUGGUUUCUCUUCUCCAAGAGAAGAACGACCUGCAGCUAUUAGCACAGACUGAGCAAGAUAAUCUUGUAGAUGCUGAGGAGAGAUGUGAGGGUCUGAUCAAGAGCAAGAUCCAGCUUGAGGCCAAAGUCAAAGAAAUGAUUGAGAGACUGGAGGAUGAAGAGGAAAUGAAUGCUGAGCUGACUGCAAAGAAACGAAAGCUAGAGGAUGAAUGUUCUGAGCUCAAGAAAGACAUUGAUGAUCUAGAGCUCACUCUGGCCAAAGUAGAGAAAGAGAAACAUGCCACUGAGAACAAGGUUAAAAACAUGAUAGAAGAGAUGGCAGCUUUGGAUGAGAUUAUCGUUAAGCUGACCAAGGAGAAGAAAGCUCUUCAGGAGGCCCAUCAGCAAACGCUGGAUGACCUCCAGAGUGAGGAAGACAAAGUCAACACACUCACCAAAGCCAAAGCCAAGCUGGAGCAACAAGUGGAUGAUCUUGAAGGUUCUUUAGAACAAGAAAAGAAAAUUCGUAUGGAUCUUGAGAGAGCUAAAAGAAAGCUUGAGGGUGACUUGAAGUUGACUCAAGAGAAUGUGAUGGAUUUGGAAAAUGAUAAGCAGCAGACGGAGGAGAGGCUAAAGAAAAAAGACUUUGAAAUAAGCCAGCUCAAUAGCAAGAUUGAAGACGGACAAGCUUUGGAGUGCCAACUCCAGAAAAAACUGAAAGAGUUGCAGGCCAGAAUUGAAGAGCUUGAGGAAGAGCUGGAGGCUGAGAGAGCAGCUCGCGCUAAAGUUGAGAAACAGAGAGCUGAUCUGUCCAGAGAACUGGAGGACAUCAGUGAGAGGUUGGAGGAGGCUGGUGGAGCCACUGUUUCCCAGAUUGAGAUGAACAAGAAACGUGAAGCUGAGUUCCAGAAACUGCGCAGAGACCUUGAAGAGUCCACUCUGCAACAUGAGGCCACUGCGGCUACACUGAGGAAGAAACAUGCAGACAGUGUGGCUGAUCUGGGGGAGCAGAUUGACAACCUCCAGAGAGUGAAGCAGAAGCUGGAGAAAGAGAAGAGUGAACUCAAACUGGAACUGGACGAUGUGGUCUCCAACAUGGAGCAGCUUGCAAAGGCAAAGACAAACCUGGAGAAAAUGUGCAGAACUCUGGAAGACCAGAUGAGUGAGUACAGAACCAAGGCUGAGGAAGGUCAGCGCACAAUCAAUGAUUUUACCAUGCAAAAAUCCAAGCUGCAAACUGAAAAUGGUGAACUUGCCAGACAGCUUGAGGAGAAAAACUCCCUGGUGACUCAGUUAACCAGAGGCAAACAAUCCAACACUCAGCAAAUUGAAGACCUCAAGAGACAGCUUGAAGAAGAAAUCAAGGCUAAGAAUGCCCUGGCCCAUGCAGUUCAGUCUGCUCGUCAUGAUGCUGAUCUGCUGAGGGAGCAAUAUGAAGAGGAGCAAGAAGCCAAGGCUGAACUGCAGCGUAGUCUGUCCAAGGCAAACUCUGAAGUGGCUCAGUGGAGAACCAAGUAUGAAACUGAUGCCAUCCAGAGGACUGAGGAGCUGGAGGAAGCAAAGAAAAAGCUGACUCAGCGUCUGCAAGAUGCAGAAGAAGCUGUGGAAGCUGUUAAUGCUAAAUGCUCCUCUCUGGAGAAGACCAAGCACAGGCUGCAGAAUGAGAUUGAAGAUCUCAUGGUGGAUGUGGAAAGAUCCAAUGCUGCUGCUGCUGCUCUGGACAAGAAGCAAAGAAACUUUGAUAAAGUCUUGGCUGAGUGGAAACAGAAGUAUGAGGAGUCCCAAAGUGAACUGGAAAGUGCGCAAAAAGAAGCUAGAUCUCUGAGCACUGAACUCUUUAAAUUGAAAAACUCGUAUGAGGAGUCAUUGGACCACCUGGAGAGCAUGAAGAGGGAGAACAAGAAUCUCCAAGAGGAAAUUUCUGACCUCACUGGGCAACUUGGUGAGAGUGGGAAGAAUAUUCAUGAGCUGGAGAAAAGGCGAAAACAACUGGAGCAGGAGAAACAAGAGAUACAAACUGCUCUCGAAGAGGCUGAGGGUUCCCUUGAACACGAGGAAGGCAAGAUACUUAGAGCUCAGCUGGAGUUCAAUCAGGUCAAAGCUGAUAUUGAACGUAAGCUGGCUGAGAAAGACGAAGAGAUGGAGCAGACCAAGAGGAACUUGCAGAGAAUGGUGGAUACCCUGCAAAGCUCACUGGAAUCAGAGACUCGCAGCAGGAAUGAAGCUCUCAGACUGAAGAAGAAGAUGGAGGGAGACCUCAAUGAGAUGGAGAUUCAGCUCAGCCAGGCUAACAGACAGGCAUCAGAAGCCCAGAAGCAACUCAAGGGUCUUCAUGGACAUCUCAAAGAUGCCCAACUGCAACUAGAUGACGCUCUUCGUAGUAAUGAUGAUCUCAAAGAGAACAUCGCCAUUGUGGAGAGACGCAACAAUCUGCUGCAGGCUGAACUAGAUGAGUUGAGAUCCAUGCUGGAACAAACUGAGAGAGGAAGGAAACUGGCUGAGCAGGAACUGCUGGAUGUCAGUGAGAGAGUUCAGCUCCUGCAUUCUCAGAACACCAGCCUGCUGAAUCAGAAGAAGAAGCUGGAGGGAGAUAAUACUCAGCUUCAAACUGAGGUUGAGGAGGCAGUGCAGGAGUGCAGGAAUGCUGAGGAAAAAGCCAAGAAGGCCAUCACUGAUGCUGCCAUGAUGGCAGAGGAGCUGAAGAAGGAGCAGGACACCAGUGCUCAUCUGGAGCGCAUGAAGAAGAACAUGGACCAGACCAUCAAGGACCUGCAGCACCGUCUGGAUGAGGCUGAACAGAUCGCCAUGAAGGGAGGCAAGAAGCAGAUCCAGAAACUGGAAGCCAGGGUGAGAGAGCUGGAAAGUGAGGUGGAGAUAGAACAAAGAAAGGCCAGUGACUCGGUCAAGGGGAUUCGUAAAUAUGAGAGACGUAUCAAGGAGCUCACCUACCAGACUGAGGAAGACCGAAAGAAUCUGGCUCGUCUGCAGGAUCUGGUGGACAAACUCCAGCUGAAGGUCAAAUCCUACAAGAGAUCUGUUGAGGAUGCGGAAGAACAAGCCAAUUCCAAUCUGGGCAAGUUCCGUAAGAUACAGCAUGAGCUGGAUGAGGCAGAGGAGAGGGCUGAUAUUGCUGAAUCUCAGGUCAACAAGCUGAGAGCCAAGAGCCGUGAUACAGGAUCCAAGAAGGGGGCUGAUGAAGAGUGAAAAUAUUAGAUGGAUCUCUCUAAACAUUGAUUGCUUGGACAAUCUCUUCUGUAGUUCUGUAGAAUAAACCAGACAUGAAAAUGAA